CUCUCUCUCUCUUAAAAAAAAAAAGAAAAAAGGAAAAAGAAACUGUAACUCCAACAUUCCAACCAUUAGCUUCAGCAAACCCUAAACCUUUGACCUCUGUGAUGGCCGAAUCGUCCACUCAAUCAAAUUCAAAACCCCAGACACUCUAUCCCGGAAAAGAUGCAGUGGUCGACAGGAUCAGUAGUCUACCGGAAUCUCUUCUCUGCCACAUUCUCUGCUUCCUUCCAACCAAAGAGUCAGUCGCCACAAGCAUUUUGUCAACCAGGUGGGAGCUCCUUUGGACUCUCGUCCCAAAGCUAGACCUCGACAGUGACAAGAUCAGCUCUUCGGCGCUUUCGCUUGAUGAUGUUGAUGUUGAAGUUGCACGUGAUAUCAUGUUUGCACAUGCUGUGUCAAGUGUUUUGGUUAAACAAGAAUGUGGAGAGCUCCAAACUUUUCGCCUCAGAUGGGAAAUUUGGUCGGACGGUUGGCAAGUGUUUUGGCUAAACAAGAAUCUCGACGCAUGGCUUGGCACUGCUGCUGCUCGUAAAGUCAAAGAACUUGAUCUCGAAAUUGUAAUGUACGACAGUGAUGUGGAAAAUCUGAAAUUGCCUCCAAGCUUUUUCUCUUGUAGGACAUUAGUGGUUCUGAAAUUAAGCGGUUAUAUUGAUAUUGAUAUUGAUAUUGACACUCCUUCAUUAUCCUUUAAUUUCCCGAGCCUAAAGAUACUGCAUCUACUAGAAAUUGUAAUGCCGAGUAUCAUGUAUUCACAGGAACACUCUUUCUUGAGGCUCCUUUCUGGCUGCCCUGUCCUCGAAGAUUUGUCAUUUACAACAACUGACUUUUUCGAGGGUGAGUAUCAAUUAUGUGUACCCACGCUGAAACGCUUAAGUUUCGGAGAAACUGAUUUUAAUUACUCUGAUUAUGAACUCGAAAUAAACGCCCCAGCUCUCGAGUACUUUGAAUUCUAUGGUGAUCUACGCGACAUCAAAUUCUAUGAAAAACUAGACAACGUAGUUCAGUCGGAUGUCUAUAUUUCUAUAUCUAAAUAUGUACCAGAAGGAUUCCGCAGGAAAUGGGUGUUCAAUCUUUUUGCUGCACUGAAUAACGUCAAAUUCCUCUCAUUUUCUCCAAGGGGCACAGAGUGGCACAACUUGGGAAAUAUUUAUCCUUCCUCAUUCCAGAAUUUGGUCGAACUAAAAUUUAAAGUGAAUGGUUGUAGCUGGAAUGUGCUACAAGACUUGCUCCAAAAAGCUCCUAAUCUAGAAACUCUUGUUAUUACUAACGGUUAUGAUUCCGUUGAAAGCAACUUAUAUUGGAAGGAGCCACAAUAUGAUCCUGCUAAUCUGUCAUCACUCACAAGUUUUUAUUACAGAGGAUUUAAAGGUUUGAAUGAUGAAGUGGAACUUGUGAAAUAUGUUCUAAAGGAGGCAAGAGUUUUGAAGACAGCAACGUUUCAAGUUUCUAGUGGAGAGUCGAAGGAAAGUGUUCUUGAGAAACUAUCAAUGUUCCCAAGGUGCUCAACAACAUGUCUACUUAGAGUUGAAUGAGCUGCUCUACUCAUCUGCAUUGGUGCUUCUUGUUAAGCCCUUCUCCAUCUUAACUUUUUACUCAUGAGGUUUCAACAUUGGACUGGCGUAGCAUGGGCAACUUACAAUUAACUUGUCUGAGGUACAGUUUCAUUGCAAUAUUAUGACCAGAUGGCAUGUGAAAAAACUAUUCAUCUAAUCUGCUCUUAAGAUGGUUUCUGAGAUGGAUUCCUUUUGACUUUAGCUUUUCCAAUCCUUUCCUUUUGCAUUUUCUUCCUCAUCUGUAUAGCUUUGGCUUCUUCUACCACCUUCAUUUCGUCAAGUCUUACCUUAUUUUUACUCUGCAUGACAUUGUUCACCUACUUUUUAUAGUUUUUUGUCUUGUUAAGCUGAUGGUGGCAUUAGUUGUGAGGAAGGAAAAUAAGAAAAAAGGUGGUUUUCUGAAGGUUUUGCUUAUGCUUCAGUUGACAUACUGAAUAGAGAGAACAAAAUAUCUUGUAAUGUCCUACCCCUAUUCUGCACUUGAGUUAAUUUAGGAUUUUUAAUGUUAAAUUUCUAGUUAUUUUCUAAACUGAUAGUUCUGGAAGAAGAACUAUAAUGCUAAUGGCUUCCUGCUGCCACACAAUUUACAUAAAGUUGCACUGGCCUUGAUGUGGUCUGGAAUUGCACCUUUGAGGUAAUGUGAUAGCUAGAUUUGGAAAGUUAGAAAAAGAAAUGCUGAGAUAGAUUUUGUUUUGUGAUGAUGGGUGUGACCUUUAUAAAAGCCUAAGUCAGAGUUUUGCUCUCUAUCUUUCAUUGAUAUUUUACUUUCUAGAUCUCUGUGAUAAUUGCAAAGGUAGGGAUUGGAAUUCCCCUUAUGAAUUGGUAAUGGAAAAAAAUUGUACAAUGACCUUGUUUCCAUUUUUAUUUUAUUUGUCGAGUUACAGUAUAAGAGUUACAGUAUAAGGCUUCGUGGAACUUCAAUCCCUUUGAAUGGGUAGUCUACUGAGCAUGUUUGGUUCAUUGCGAAAAUAUCUAAUGUCUUAGCUCAUUUUAUAAACAUAAAGAGU